AGCGCAGAACUCGUGAGCUACGGACGUGUUUCUGCUACGCUCGAGCGCCUCGCUCAUCUAAUCUUCAUUUAACUUCGUCUACGUCUCCGGCACUGUCUCCGGCGCAUCUCUCCCACAGUGAUUGCGAGUCGUGAAAUCGUGUCACAAUUGAUUGAAUUUUGUGUGCAAGCGGUACAAGCUAAAAUAAAUACGAGAAAAAAUUAAUAUUACAUAUUAUUUGUAUUUGGCAAUAAGGUUUUUUGUGUGCACGCCGGUGCAGAUUGCGUCGCUCGCGUCGUCGUCGUUGUAGUCGUUGCGGAUUUUGUCAUCCCUGACAGCAUCAGUUCGACCUGGUGGCCGUAGUUGUUGUUGUCAUCAUUGUUAUUCUGCCUACGCGCUAAUUAUUCCUCGCGGUUUUCAACUCGAAUGUGGCUUUUGGGCAAUGCCCAAUUCUAAAUCGACGCUUGCGUGACAAACUCUUAAAAAAAAUACAGGAAAAACAACAACAACAACUGUAAGAAAAAUAACGUUAUUCCGAAUUGCCAAAACCGAAAUGCAAACGCGCAAUUUGAAAUUCGGGCUACGCAGUGGCAGAGCUGCCGGCGUUACCGUUACGCUGCUGCUAGCUCUGGCGCUACUGAGGAUCGACGCAGCAGCUGGAAGGCCUGAUGUUCGGCAAUCGCCGUUUGCAUUAGAAUUGCAGCCGCCAUUGGCGGAGGCCGCUGUUGACGAUGCUUUCAAUGCUGGCAGCGAGCGGGCCAUUGAUAGCUACGGCAAUCCGAUUGAUGCACUGCGUCCGAUCGAUACGCCCGAUGGGCGCAAGGUGGUCAGCGCGCAGGGUCUGCAGUUUGAGAUACCCAACUAUGCCUCGGGCAUAACUGAAAUACGAAAGCCAUCCGAUGACCUGCUGCCACCGCAUAUUGGUGAGUUCACAACAACAACAGCAACAGCAACAACAAAAGCAACAGCAGCGACAGCAACAGCAGCAACGGCAACAGCAAAGGGAAGCGCCAGUGGUGCAACCACACGAGCAACAGCCGCAGCAGCCAGAGCAACAACUGCAUCCACAUCACGCAAUAGCCUAACUCAAAAGCGACACACUCAAGCAGCAUUAGCUAAUUCUAGUAGCAUAAGUAUCACAGCCACGCCCACGCCCACGCCCUCACCCACACCCACACCCACACCCACUCGCACGCCCACAUACGUAGCACCACUAACAAUACCCAAGUCCGACUUUGACGCGUCCCAUGCCAAGCGCGUCUCAUCUGGCCAGCAAUAUAAGAUUACAGCAGCGAGUGCCAAGCACGCACCACCCACAUUUACCCUGCUCACGCUCAACCCACAAUUUGUGCCCCGACCCAUUCAGGCAGCCCGACCUAGACCCAAAGCAAACAAUGAUAGCCUUGCCAACGCAUACUCAACUCCAACUCCAACUCCUUCCCAAUUAGAUGCCAUAGCCGUGGCGCUGCCCACUACGGACAUCGAUAGCACCGACAGCACCUCAUUAGCACCAGCACCAGCACCAGCCACAUCACUAACACCACCCAAGCAUGAAUCAUCAACAACCACUGCGGAUGUCUCUGUGGAAGUGGAGCAGGCGCAGCUCAUACCCUUGACCCAGCAGCCGGAGGAGAGUGCUCAGGCGCCGCAGCAGACGAGCGGCAUCUUGCCCGACUACCUGCUGGAGCUGCAGCAGCAGGAUGCCAAUAUUGGCGGACCUGUGCCCUGGACACCGGCACCGAAUGGUGCGCCACUCAGUGUGAUUGCCUGGGAUCUGCUGCCACCGCUGGAAACUGUGCCAGCCGCUGAGCCACAGAUCAUCACCGAGCAGCAGCCCACGAAGCAUGUGCUUGGUGUGGAGCAGCCCGGCAGCCACAACAUACGCGUGAGCCUAAGCAGCGGCCAGGGCUUGUCUCCACAGGCGCCUGCACCACUGACGCCAGGCCAAGUGGCUGUGGUCACCGUCCCAGCGCACGAUGGACCCGAGGGCCACGGCACGAAUGCCCAUGUGGGCACCACAACACCACGCAACGGCUCCAGAAUUCCCAUUCGUAAUCGUGGCACAGUUCAUUAUAGCACAACCUCAGCCACACAGCGGCCACGCACCACCAUCACCACCACCACUACCACACCACCACCAACAACAACCACAACAACCCGAAAAGUGACCACAACAAAGGCAACAACAACCACCACGAGUACAACCACACCAGCAACCACCACGACACGCAGCCCCACACGCACCACAACUCCACUGGAUCCCUCCACCUUCUAUAAGCUGGACAAUGAGGAGGCCUACGCCUACACCCUGCCGCCCUGGCUGCAGGAGGUAACCGAUCCGGACCUGGAUGUAGCCGUCACCUUCAUAGUGCCCACAGACAAUGAUCAGUACAACCACACAGUGGCUGAGGACUUGGAGCCACCGUUUGAGCCGUUUGUGGACCUGAGCAACAUUCAGCUGACGCCGCCGCCACUGAGCAGCAGCACCACCACCAGCACCACCACCACCACCAAACCCACCACAACAACAACGAGAAAACCAACGACGACUACGAGACGUCCGUCGAGCACAACAACACAAACAGCACCACCAACAGCAGCGCGCACCACUCAAGCACCCAUUUUCAAAGCACAAACCACUCAAUGGCCGCAUGCCAAAAACCAAUUGAUAACAACAACCACAACAACAUCCACAGCUCCAGCUCCAGCUGCAGCGAGUUCGUCCACGUCCGAGGCGGCGCCUGUUGAGCCCAAUCCAUUUGACUCGUCCACAUUGCCGCCCUGGCUGCAGGACUUCGACUACCCUGAUGUGGGUCCCGGAGUGCCCUACAAUCCGGACAACUUCAAGGACGUGCCGGAGACCAAGCCGGGAGGUAUUAAACCUAAUGAUUUUCAGCCUCAUGGCUUUGCCAGUAGCGCAAUUAGAUCUCAGUCGAGCGAAGCAACAAGCACAACAGCAGCAGCAGCAACAUCCACAACAACAACCACAACAACGACAACAACAACCACCUCAGUGCCAACAACAAACGUUUACACUGCUUUCCCAUCCAAAGUCACGCUUACGCUUUCAACCCCCAGCAGCAGCGAUGGCCAUGAGUUGAACACUGUGGAGCCGCCGCUGGUGCUGAUACCGCCAGUUGCUAACAGCGACGACUCAUCUACAUUUAGCAGUCCUCCCUCGACUGGCCUCACACACGAUUCCACUACAAACUCAUUCACGCAUUUUCCAGCACGCUUCGAUGCGCCACCUGUUGGCCAGACAACGGAAACAAAAACCGCCGCCAGCGCCGCUGCAGCCGCUGCUGAGGAGCAGUUCCCGCCGUUCAAUGGCAAUGCCGGCGAUAGCCAGAAAGUGGAGUACACCAAGAGCGAUGGAGGCAAGGUCAUAAGCACGCCCAUCAAUGCCCAGCGCCAGGAACCAGCAGCUAGCAGCCCCACGGCGCCGCCCGCUAGCAAUACGGGCAAAUACACGGGUGGCUUCGGUGCCCCGCCGGGUCUAUUGCGUCCGCAUAGCACCGCCAAGCCGGACAUCUAUGUGGCUGGCAACAAUCAUGAGUUCAGCACCAGCGUCAAGGCCAACAGGGUGCGUCCAGGCGCAGCAGCCACAGCCGCUGCCGGCAAUGGUGGUCGCUACACGGGCGGCUUCGGUGCGCCCAGCGGCGUGCUUAGUCCCCAGAAUGCGCCCAGACCCUUCCAGCAUUCCCAGCAGCCCAGUGCACCGUCAAGCCAUCACGCCGCCUCAAGCCAUCAGCAGAACCGCUUCGGCGGACCGCCUGGCAUCCUCGUGCCCUUCGACAACGUGCAGCGCACGGCCACCAACUAGGCGCCCUUGGGGGCGUGGCCUGGUGUAGUGCAACUACUGCAAGUACUUUAAAUUAUUUAUAAAGCAUGUAUGUAAGUUCGAAGGUCUUGAAACGAACUCGAUCCAAACGUCAUUAAAGAAAACAACAAAACCGUACGAAUUUUGUGUCGAACAAAAGUGGACAAAAAUA